AUGAAGUCCGUUCUUAGCCUGCUCCUGGCUCUGCCAGCAGUGUUCGCCGAGCCAACUAUCAACCGACGACAAACGGCCGAAACCAUCCCAAAUCGAUGGAUUGCUCAGAUCAACGAGAACUCUCCUCUCGCCACUGUCUUGACCACAAUUCAGACUCUCACCGGUGUCUCACCAAAGCGUCGGUAUGAGAUCGGUUCCUUCAAGGGCUUCGCCUUCGAGGGUGAUGACAGGGUCCUCGACCUUCUCCAGACUGUCGGUGCAAUCAAGAGCAUCGAGCCAGACAAGAGAGUCUACACUACCGCUCCAGUCGGACAGCUCGCUGAGCGUGCUCUGACAUCUCAGAACCCAUCAACAUGGGGUUUGGGCCGAAUCUCUCACAGAUCAAGGGGCUCCAACGUCUAUGUUUACGACGACAGCGCUGGUGCCAACACAGACAUCUACAUCAUUGACACUGGAAUCUACGCUGGCCACUCAGACUUUGGAGGCCGUGCUCGUGCUGGUGCCAAUUUCGUUGAGCAAGAGUCCGCCACCGAUGGCAACGGUCACGGCACCCACUGCGCUGGAACAACUGGCAGCAACACUUACGGAGUCGCAAAGAGGGCCAACCUCAUCGGCGUCAAGGUCUUGGGCUCUGACGGAUCGGGCACAAACUCUGAUGUUAUUGCAGGCAUCCAGUGGGCUGUGAACAAUGCGAGGAACUCGGGCCGUACAUCGCGCUCUGUCAUCUCUAUGUCCCUUGGUGGAGCUUUCGACCAGGCCUCCAACAACGCUGUUGCCCAAGCUGUCCAGGCUGGUGUCUUCGUCGCUGUCGCUGCUGGAAACGAUGGCAGGAAUGCUGCCAACUACUCACCAGCCUCUGAGAGCUCUGCAUGCACUGUCGGCGCCACCGACAUCAACGAUAACCGCGCUAGCUUCUCCAACUUUGGCUCCAUCCUCGACAUCUUUGCCCCAGGUGUCAACAUUCAAUCUACCUGGAUCGGCUCCUCCACUGCCACCAACACCAUCUCCGGAACAUCGAUGGCCACUCCACACAUUGCUGGUCUCGCCGCCUACUUGAUUGCUCUCGAGGGUGCCCGCUCCCCAGCUGCUCUCUGCUCUCGCAUCCAGUCUCUUUCGACCAGGAACGUUGUCGUCAACGCUGGCUCAGGAAGCCCGAACUACCUUGCCUACAACGGCAACGGUGCAUAA